UAUAUAGGUCCCAUAUAUAUAACUUAUAACAAUUAAUCUGGCGAUAUACACAUUGCAAUCGCCAGUGGACUGUAGUCAUCUAAGCCAGGGUCUGCUGAAUACUCAACUUCUUUGUGCAAUUGUUAUUUUAGUAACUAUUAAAAAUGGAGUCCAAAGGAUCAGUGAAUUCGGAAUCUAGUAGCAGUUCCUCCUCUUCAGAGAAAUCAUGUCAUGAUCAAUCUCUUCCCAAAAAGCUCAAGCGCAACUUGAUGCCUACAUCUCCGACUGCAAGAAGCAUGGAUGAAAGUGCAUUGAUAUCGUUGUCGCAAGAUGUGUAUUUCAGCAAGUGCAGCCAGCAGAUUAAUGAGUACGGUAUCAAGGUUGCUUCCAUCUGGAGAAACACGAGUGCGGCUAUUCUCACCCACCAUGCGUUGCUAUAUGAGCCUAAUACUGUACUGAGUACUUCAGGUGCUGUAUGCUGCAAGUCCGGUGAGAAGACUGGGAGGUCACCUUCCGAUAAGAGGACUGUCAUGGAUUCCGUUUCUAAAAACACUGUUUGGUGGGGGAAAGUAAACAUUGAAAUCCCUGAAAUUGCCUAUUCAAUCAACCGUGAACGUGCUAUUGACUACAUUAACUUGCAGCAGCGCAUUUAUGUAACUGAUGCUUAUGCCGGGUGGGACGAUGAACACCGUAUUCGUGUAAGGGUCAUCAGUACUAGGGCCUACCAUGCUCUGUUUAUGAAGAACCUACUCAUAGAACCCACUGAUGAGGAAUUGGAAUCAUUUACCCCUGAUUUCGUCUUGUACAAUGCUGGUGCCUUCCCAUGCAACAGGUACACCAAAGGUGUGUCAAGUUCAACAUCCAUUUGCCUGAACUACAAGCGUAUGGAGAUGGUGAUUCUCGGUUCCGAGUACGCUGGUGAGAUGAAGAAGGGUAUAUUCACCUUGAUGAUGUACUUGAUGCCCCUAAGGGGUUUGUUGCCAUUACACUCAUCUUGCAACGUUGGAGAGAAAGGCGAUGUUACACUGUUCUUCGGCCUUUCAGGCACUGGCAAAACCACACUAUCAGCAGAUCCUCGCCGCAGGUUAAUUGGUGAUGAUGAGCACGUGUGGACUGAAUCUGGUGUUUUCAACAUUGAGGGUGGUUGUUAUGCCAAGUGCAAGGACCUGUGCCGCGAGAAGGAGCCUGAAAUAUUCAAUGCAAUUAAAUUCGGGUCGGUGGUAGAGAACGUGGUUUACGAUCCCGCGACUCACGAAAUUGAUUUCACCGAUUGCUCGAUCACUGAGAACACAAGGUGUGCCUACCCCUUGGAAUACAUUCCCAACGUAAUGAUUCCUGCUAAAGUUGACCAUCAUCCUAGCAACAUCAUUUUCCUUACGUGUGAUGCCUUUGGUGUCAUUCCACCCGUGAGCAAGCUUACCAUCGAGCAGGCCAUGUACCACUUUGUGAGUGGUUACACUAGCAAGAUGAUCGGUACUGAAAUGGGUGUUACAAAGCCAACAGCCACUUUUUCCGCUUGCUAUGCAGAGCCAUUCCUUGCGAUGCACCCAAUGGUAUACGCCAAGCUGCUUGAGGAUAAGUUGAAAGCCCACUCCACUGACAUAUGGCUGCUAAAUACCGGUUGGAUCCAAGGUACCAUAGAUUCAGAAAAGGGCCGUCGUAUCCCAUUGCGUUACACCCGUGCCAUGGUUAACGCAAUUCAUGACGGCAGCUUGAAGAAGGCGAAGUUCAAGCCCAUGGACGUCUUUGGCCUAAUGGUACCAACUGCGAUAGAGGGCAUUCCCGCUGAGGUACUGGACCAGCGUCUGGGUUGGGGUUCCGCCGCCUAUGACACUCAACUUAAGGAACUAGCUAACAAAUUUGCUGAAAACUUUAAGCAGUACCAAUCUGAAGCUAACGAGAGCAUCCUUCGUGGAGGACCCGUUCACCUAUGAUCUAUUACAGAAGAGUUAUUCAGGGCUACUAUUCGUAAAAAACAG